AUGGAGGAGCAGAUUGCUUUGAAGUUUGAGGAUGUGUUUCUGAAGGUGCCUUGCAGAAGCUUGGAUGCAAAUAAAGAGUAUAUAGAGCUAGUCUCUGGCAUAUCUGGCCAGAUUUGUUCAGGAAAACUUACUGCAAUUAUGGGUGGAAGCGGAAGUGGCAAGACAACCUUUAUGAAGCUAUUGCUUGGAAAGGUAAGCAGCAAUGCAUUGACCUCGGGAAUUAUAUCGCUUAAUGGCAAGCAAAGGUCUGCUUAUGAGUGGUUAAAGAGUGUUUCAUACAUGGAGCAGUUUGAUACGUUUUCUGCAUAUCUGAGUGUUGAAGAAUCCAUAAGAUAUUCUUUUAUUUUCCGAGGGAAAGCGAAGCCAAAAGACUUUAGCAUAUCUAAAGCCGUAGACGAGAUAAUAAGCGAAAUGGGAUUGAGGAAAAUAAGAAAAUCUUUGGUGAUGACAAUUUCUGGUGGCGAACGCAGAAGACUUAUGCUUGCCAUGGAUCUUGCUGCAGAGCCCGACAUAAUUUUUCUUGAUGAACCAACGAGUGGACUUGACUCACAGCUAGCAUUAGAAAUCGUCCAGAUCCUAAAAAAGUAUGCCGAGUCAAAGAACAAAAUCAUCUUGAUGACUGUGCACCAACCAGGUAACAUGAUGCUUGGCAUGUUUGAUGAUAUAAUAUUUUUGAAUAAGGGGAAGAUGAUGUAUAUGGGGCCUACAUCAGGCUUGCAGGGGUUUCUUGAGCUGAAUCAAAUACAUAAGCCAGAUGAUCUAUCUAUUGCAGAAUGCCUUUUCGCGAUCGAAACAGACUCGUUCGUAUCUGAGCAGUAUGGCAUGGAGUUACACACUUCCAAUCGCAAAGAAAUGGAAAAAUCAAACGAAUAUUGCAUAGUCACUCUGUUUUCAUGGAAACAUGUAUGGCAUUUACUUAAUAGACAAGUAAAGAUAGACUAUAGAAACGGAAUGAUAUCGAACAUAUUGCUGUUUAAGUUGACUAUCCUAACAUUCUUGUUUUUAUUUCUGUGUUGUAAGGUGAAGUAUUCUGUUUUCAUGUUCAUUAGCAAGAUGUUUCCAGUAUACUCUGAAAAUAGCAAAGGAUACAUAGAUGACCUCAAGAUAUUCCUUCGAAAGUUAUAUCCAAGGCUGGAUGUAAUGUAUGCAGACGUUACGGAUUUUCUUUCAUAUAACCUGAUUCCAUUCAUAACAUCAUUCUCCAUAUUCAACGACUCCUCGUUCCUGGAUAACGAGGCACUCUUGAAAAAGGAGAUGUUUCGAUGUGAUUACAGCCAAUUUUCCUUGCUUGUGUCCAUACUAAUAUAUGAGUGUGGAUUUUCGUUGUUGAGAUCGUUGUUUUUUUGCAUGCUUAUUGGAUUCACACAAUUCAGAGACAUACUGACGUCGCGAACUGUCCUGAUGCUUACUACAAUGCCUCUUUCAAUGGUGAUUUUCAUGAUUGCGGCCAAAUCAUUUUCGUGCAAGACAUAUCCGCUCAACAUUACCAGAGUUGCAGCAUUUGUGCUCACAACGUUUUUGAGGCCGUACUCGCUGAGCAUAGAGCUUGAAGAGCUGUAUGAAAAGUAUGUGUUUAUGAAGUACUUGUAUCCUCUUUCAUAUUCUCUGUUUUUGUGCCCGUUUCUUUUCAUAGACACGCUUUUCUAUGCUACUCUUGGCGAGACAAAAAGCAUAUCGCCAGGAUUCAGAAUACUACUGAGCCACUUCAACAACAUAGUGCUGUGUUCAGGAGGAUCUGCCAAGAGUGCUAUGAACAGAAGCAUAACAUUUCUGAACAGAAGCUAUCUUUCAAACAGCUCAUUGGCGGUGCUGAUUGUAUUUUCAUUAUUAUUGACUCUCGUGCUUUCGAUGGCGUUCCUUAUGUUUAAAUUCAGUCCAAGAGUCAGGCUGAUACUGAGCAACACGAGCCUGGCAAUGGAUCUCAAGGAGGUUACCACCAGCUAA